AUGGACUGUGAACCCUCCUUCCCCACAUGCCUUCGUGUUCAACCAUUUCCGAUUCAAUCGGUUGAAUCCAUCGUCUCCUGCCGUCGACCGAACCGGUUUAAUCCGCCUGCUCAGGCCGGUCCGCCGAUAAACUCGUUGGCGAGCAAAAAGAACUUCGAGACUCGAUCGAACGCCGUGACCCGACAAACCACCGCCCCAUUCAAUGGGAAAAGCUCUUCCUCCGCCUCCCAACCACCGCCCGAUUCCCGACUCUUUAAAUGCUCCACCGGAUCAACAAGAAUAGGAGAUCAAGCCAACGAGAGAGAGAUGGACUCUUCUUCGUCCUCCUACAAAGGCGGCCUCCAAGGCUACUGGAAGCAGAGAGCCUGCGCCGCCGGUCGCCGCCGGCGCAGUCUCCCUGCGGCGGAUCUCGGCCGAGGCGGCCCCGCCGCGCGACGCGGCUCCGGAAGCAGCUGGUCGUGGAGAAUAAUGAAGGCGGCGCCGCGCAUGUCCUUCCUCCGCGCCGGCGCCGCCUCGCCCAGGCGGCUGAUCGCGCGCGUCCGCGACGCCUACGUGCGGAUGAUGCUGGGCUUCGCCCGCGCCGCUCCAAUCUCCACCGCCCCCCGCUUGAUGGCGCGGCCCCCGCAGCUCAAGGAGUACGACGACGAGAAGGUCAUCGUCGAGAUUUACAAGUCCCUCGUCGCCGCCGCCGUCCGGCGAUAA